AUGGAACGCCUGAGGCCCUCUCGCGAGUUCUUUGAGGGAACCCGUGCUGAGGAACCUCCGCCACGUGGCCGGCGAAGACUGCUAUUCCCGGCACCAGAGACGACGCCAGCGAGCGGAGGCAUCGAUCGGCUUGCUGGCAGCCGCUCGAGGCCUGUUCACGGAACGCUGCCUGCAUCGCUGGUGUCUACACCUGAUUCGAGUCCCAGCGGAUGCUCCAUGCCGCCGCACACAGAACGACGGCGCGAAACAUCGAUAGCCUCGCCACCGACCCGCCCCGGUCGACUCGGCCUUCCGCGCGUACUCCAGCAGCGAUACCCGGACCUGCUGUGGGAUCGCCGCAUCCCCCAACUACUGCGGCGCCUUACAAACGAAAGCGAUAAGAGCGAGACGCAGCUUGAGGCGCUGCGAGAGCUUGGCGACGAGGCGGUUUGGUCUGUUUCAUCUGCGAAACAAGGGAACGGCAUCGAGCUGAUGCGUGACGGCAAUGUGCAGACCUUUUUCCAGACCGAUGGUGCGCAGCCGCAUAAGAUCUCAAUUCAAUUUCGUCAGAAAACCAAAGUCUCGCAAAUACGGAUGUUUCUGAACUAUCAAUUGGACGAGAGCUAUACACCGAAUCGAAUCGGCGUCUGGACAGGCACCGAUUUCCACGACCUUCGCGAAACCGUUUUUUGCCAGCUUCAUGAGCCACGCGGAUGGAUCACGAUUCCACUGCCACCGCCGGCCGCUGUCCUGGAAUUCGAUGAAUCCGGACUGGUUGUGUCGACAUCGCCAGCAGCGAGCCCAGCGAUGCAGCUGGUGACCGCGGUGGACGCGCGCGUCGAACCUAGACUCCGUACGGAGGACAGUUUCGAAAUGCCUCCACCUGACGAGCCCAUGCAUACAUCUGUUGACCUAGACCGCAGGGACAGCACCCUUCCUCAUUCGCGAACAGAGAACUCGAUGAACACCAGUGAACUGAGUCGCACGAUGAUGCGAAAGCCUCCACUAGAGUCCGCGUUGGAGGUUUUUCAUCUUCAGAUCGUCAUAUAUGGAAACCAUCAGAACGGGCGAGACUCGCAUAUUCGACAGAUUAUGAUUGUCGGACCACGCGAGCAAGGCAGCGACUUGCGUCCGAGUUCGGAGCAAGGUCUGUUCUUUACAUCGAAAGUUUUCGGAUGUUACGCAGUUCUCCGAUAG